UGAUCAGCCACAAGAAGAAUUUAUACACCGCCACAAUUUGGCAAUUGUUUGGCAGUGGCCCGUGCACCCUCUAUGCUUAUGUAACACCCAUAUGCUUUGUGAAUAGUGGCCACCAAUACUUAACCUAGAACGACGACAAAGUUCAUUAAAUUCUUGACAUUGUUGUUCCAGAUGUCCCUAGCAGAGGUUGAACGUCCAAUACCUGCUAUUCCAGAGCAACGGGGCCGUGAAUCCCCUGAAGUCAUCGACGUCGACCUCUUUGAUGCGGAGGAGGUAGCUCGGAUUGGAUCGAGACCACCUACUCAAAGAAGAAGAGUAUCGGAGAGUGGUCGUUCUGUGCCAGUCGAUCCAGAGGUCAUAAUAAUAAACGACAGUGAUGAUGACGAUAUACAGUUCGUCAGGGCCAGGCCUGCUCCCAGAUCUCGCACCAUUUUUUCACCAUCGCCUCCACCACAAAUUGCUGCAAUACCGCCGGUUCCGCCGAUACCACGUAGGUUUAUACCUAUGCGAAGAAGACCGCCUCCAUUUCCCACCGCCCCUGGGUUGGUGAUUCCCAACGCUGAGCCUUUUCCAUUUGAAACGAACAUUAGGGUUACCCCCGCGCCCAUUGAGCGUCCUCCGGCACCUGUUCCUGCCGCAGCACCAUCUCAUCAUAUCCCUGUGAUGGGAUUCGGCGGCGCACUGCUUCAACGCGCGAGAGCAGCUUUUGAGCAACCCCCCGCACGAUCACAUAACCACGAGCGCCGCCGCCGAGUCUUCGGCAUUCCAGCGGAUGUUUUCAUGCAGUGGAACCCUCUAGACUUCUUUGGUCCUGAGGAAGACGAACUCUAUGAUGAUGAUGGCUUCCGUCACUAUCGAGCUGCAGAUUUUCAUGAUGAGCCUGGUGACAGGCUGAUGCGAGGUGAUCUUCGCCUUUUCAACGCUCAUGUCCCAGGGCGACCUUCAGAGCCGGAUUAUAAACCGGAGUACACCCAUCCAGUGAAGCCUCCAUCUGGCUUUACGUACGACUUUGAGUCAUCAUCGAUGACACCUGCGUCUAUUGUUGAUAUUGAUGGUCCCGGUUCCUCCAGCUCAAGCAGUAGUCGUUCUGGCGAGACUAUGCUUACUUGUCCUCGGUGUCAUGACCCAUUGAUGCUGGGAGCUGCGGACGUUGCCGAGGACCGAGCCAAGAGAAGAUUGUGGGGUUUAAGAUGUGGUCAUCUUUUGGACGGAAAAUGCGUGGAGGAAUUGAUGAAGCCGAUUCCUCUUGUUAGUCCCGACCCGGUGGAUACUGCUGAUGUGCAAGGGAAAGGCAAAGGCAAAGCAAGGGAGGAAGAUGAAUUGGAGUUACCCGGUGCCUACCUCAACUGUUCUGUGAAAAGUAGAGGCAAAGAAACAGAUCCCAACAUCUUUAACAUCUUCGGCGAACCUGAAUUCUCUUCUAUUCGCUCACGGCUGCGUCCCCGUCCCCCCCUUCCAUCUCACCCCUCUGGACCGUUACCUGCUGGCCCUGGCCCAUCUCACGGGCGAGCUAGAGCUGCGCCUCGCCUGCCCGUGAAAGCGAAGGCCAAUGGGAAGGGUCGAGCCAAGGUUCCGAGUGUAGAAGCUGAAUAUGAAUGGACUUGUCCUGUUGGCGGAUGUGGGUGCGUUCAUGUGAGCCAGCUCAUUGACGGGCAGUGGAUCAUGGACGAGAAAAAAGGGGCUAUCACUGUUUUCGUAUGAUACGAGGCAGUUCCCAAGCUGUUAGUUUGAAUCAUGUCUCUUUCCAUCGAUGCUGACUGCAUAUCGAUAGCAUCAAGGAAUUAUAUAUAUACCAUGACACGCGCAUUUUCUCACUUAUAGGUCCAUCAUUACAAUCUGGAUCGUACCUGUCGAAUUGCACAUUUUUCUCACCUGUAC